UAUAUAAAGCUAAAAAAUAAAACCGGGACUGUUCGAGUGCUGCAGACAUUUAUGGUGAUAAAUUAUACCCAAGAUGUGCUGUAUAAGCCUUUGAGUACUGUGCUAAGUUUAAUAAAUUUCCUGUGAUCAAUGGUGGCGAGGAUGCUGUGCAGUGAAUGAGUUAAUAACAGGUGAAUUGAAAAUAUCCUCGAGCAGUGUCUAUUAGUGUGUGUGUCUGUCAGGGAAAGUGAUAAAAAGGUGGAUCGGUCGGACAACAGGGUGAAUUUUUAAGGAGUAAGUCAUGCCGCCCGGGCGAGCUUGCCUCCAUUCAGCAGCCAGGAUCACUGCGCUCAUUCUCAUCAGCCCUCAUCGUCGUCUAAAGCUAAUGCUGAAUCGUCGCUACUGCUGAAAAGAGAAGACCAGAGGAGGAAUCCACAAGUUGGACUUGGAGUUGAGGCUGAACAACAAGACACGAGAUUAUUUUUAAAGUGGGUAAUCUGGUGAAGCUGGAGCCCGUCACACGUGCCGUCUUUGGCUGCUCGUAGUGGCAACUGCUGGACGGGGAGGAGGCCAACCCCGAUAUGAACGCCAGCGUUAAUGUCGAGAGGAAUUCCUGGCGGCUGCCUCCCGACGAGACCGUCCAGGUUUCCGACCCUCGGACUAAGGAAGAAAUAAAAGAGGAUUCGUACGGCGACAGCGGUCACAAUUGGAAGAGUAUAAUAUUCGCCCUGCUGGUUAUUGGAUUCGUAAUAGCCGGAAUCGUAACGGCAAUUUAUCUUCUAGGAUACGUAGACGAGCUAUUGUACUGGAGCGGGACACGUCUCACACUGGAAGAGUGCCUUCAAGAGGAUCUGCCACCUCGUCGGUUGCCACCCGCCUGGGUAACUCAUGAUAAAUUCGUUUACCAAGCGGACGAUGGUUCAUUAGCGCUUCUCGAUACUUCCAACAACUCCGUCUCGCUGCUGGUGUCGAAUCACACUCUUAGACAGCUGAAUGUACAAGGCUAUCAGUGCAGCAGUAAUCUACGCUACGUGCUUUUUAAGCACGAUGUUAAACCAGUAUUCAGACACACGUUCACCGCUCUGUACACAGUUUACGACGUCACAAAUGACCACCAUACUCCCCUUCGUCUUCACGCCUCGCCGCGAGUCCAGCCAACUAGACUGCAGUAUACCGCGUGGUUGGGCAACAGCACAUCACUAUUGAUGAUAUCCGAUAACAAUAUAUUCUUAAGAAUGUCGCCGUCGGCGCCAGAAGACAAGCGACUGACUGACACUGGAGUGCCUGGAAUUAUUUACAAUGGAGUACCAGACUGGCUCUAUCAGGAGGAAGUGCUUCCAAAACCUGAGGCGCUGUGGCCUAGUCCUGACGGCAGUCUGCUGCUCUACGCUGCUUUUAAUGACUCAAAAGUCACGUCUCUUGAGUUUCCGUGGUUCGGCAAUCAAAUGGGUCAGGAUGGUGCUAGUUCGAGUCCAGCGGGUAUUGUUAAGAAAGGAUCCUUUCCACCAUCAAAAUCCGUGAGAUAUCCGACGCCCGGAUCCCCAAACCCCGAAGUCUGUCUGUGGAUUCUCGAUCUCACCAACAUCACCACCGAUACAACUAAUGAAACUUUAAUUACUUCUUUCGACAGGAUAAUGCUUAAACCACCGCCUAUACUCGAUGGCCAAGAGUUCUAUUUGAUAUCGGCGGGGUGGGUGGGGGAGCAGUCGGAUCAAAUAAGCAUAGUGUGGAUGACGCGAUCACAAAAUUUAUCAGUGGUAUCAGCGUGCCGUGCGCCUAAAUGGGAGUGCGAGGAAACACAUUCUGAGCGUGCACCAGAAGGCCAGUGGUUGGACGCACAGCCGCAUCCAGUGUUUGCGCCAGACGGGGGCAGUUUUUUGCUGCUAGCCGCGGUCCAGGAAGGCAACCAGGAGCACUUUACUCAUAUCAAACAUGUCGAGCUCACACAACAGAGAGUCGCCGUGUUGUCACAUGGCCGAUAUGAAGUCAGUGAAAUAUUGGCCUGGGACAGCAGCGCCCACUUGGUUUAUUACCUCGGUACACGUGAACGUAAACCAGGGCAGAAGCAUUUGUAUGUGGUCAGAGACCCGACGACCGACGACCCACGACGAUUAGAACCCCUCUGCAUCACCUGCGAUCUCGGAGACGUUCUCUGGAGCAGUCGAUUCUAUUAUACCAAUUGUACACAUUUUGGUGCUUCGGUUAGUCCUUCAACAGAAACUAGACAAGGGUAUUAUGUGCUCCAUUGUGAAGGACCGGGAUUACCGCUUGCUGGUGUUCAUUCAGUCACUAACCACAAAAUGGUCCGUGUUCUAUAUGACUCGAGGGUUCAACAUGCUGAUAGAUUAACCCAAUUAGCUUUGCCAACUCGCAAAAGUUUUGAAGUGCCGCUGCCACAGGGAUGGAGAGCACAAGUCCAGCUCCAGCUGCCGCCGUCCUGGCGAGCAGAGCUCCGUGACGCGGCGUUCCCGGUUCUGGUGGAAGUAAACGGACGGCCUGGAAGCAAGGCAGUGACGGAUAAAUUUGAAAUCGACUGGGGGACUUACAUGUCAAGUCACAAUGACGUCGUUUAUGUCAGGCUGGAUGUCAGGGGGGCACGGGGCCAAGGCAAACGGGCGCUUUUUCAUCGAAUUGGUGGCGUUGAAGUCCAGGAUCAAUUGACUGUACUACAGCAUCUAUUGGAUACUUAUCAGUAUCUGGACGAGACGCGGGUCGGUGUUUGGGGAUGGGGCUACGGUGGAUACGUAACUGCUAUGGUACUCGGCAGCCAGCAGAAUGUUUUCAAAUGCGGCAUUGCAGUCAAUCCUAUUGCAGAUUGGUUGUAUUACAAUUCAGCGUUCACGGAACGGGUCCUGGGCGCACCAAUCGAAAAUUACAAGGGAUAUGUCGAGGCGGAUUUGACUCAGCGCGCAAGAUUAGUACCGAGUCACAGCCUCUACCUUGUUCACGGUCUAGCUGACCUAACAGCGCCUUAUACACACGGUAUAGCCUUCGCCAAAGCUCUGUCUGAAGCUGGAGUUAUCUUUAGGUAUCAGAGCUAUGCGGAUGAGGAUCACGCUUUAACGGGCGUGAUCGAGCACGCUUAUCGAUCCAUGGAGGACUUCUUCACAGAGUGUCUCUCCCUGGAUGCCUCCUAGUGCCUCAACGACGAUGUCUUGCUCGUCAUUAAUACUGCGUCUUCUGCUUAUAACAGAAUUAAUACGGUCGUAAUUUAAUAUAUACAUAAAUAAAUAUAUAUAUAUAUAUAUACA